AUGGCCAAACUCACCGACUUCAAAGUCCUCACCUUCGACGUCUACGGCACGCUCAUAGACUGGGAGACUGGCGUCCUCGCCGCCCUCGCCCCCUCCCUCCCACCCAACCACACCUUCACGCGCCAGCACCUCCUCACGCAAUACCACCACUUCGAAGCUUCCCAACAACGCGCCACCCCCUCCCUCCCCUACACCUCCCUCCUCACGACCCUGCACCCCUCGCUCCUGGCGUCCCUCUCCCUCCCGGCCCCCACCCCCGCCGCCAGCGCCGCCUUCGGCGCCAGCGUCGGCACCUGGCCCGCCUUCCCCGACACCGUGUCGGCGCUACGCUCGCUGCGCAACCAGGGCUUCAAGCUCGUGGUCCUCAGCAACGUGGACCGCGCGUCCUUCUCCCUCACCAACUCCGGCCCCCUGGAGGGCGUUCCCUUCGACCUCGUGCUCACGGCGCAGGAUAUCGGCAGCUACAAGCCGGACGCGCGCAAUUUCGCGUACAUGCUGGAGAGCGUGGAGCGCGAGUUUGGGGUGGGCAAAGAAGCGGUGCUGCAGACGGCGCAGAGCCAGUUUCAUGAUCAUUUGCCGGCGAAGAGGGCGGGGGUGAGGAGUGCGUGGAUCGAAAGGCCCGGGGCCGUCAUGGGAAAUGUGAAGGAGGGGGAGGAGGUGGUGGCGGAUUGGAGGUUUGCGACGUUGGGGGAGAUGGCGGAGGCGGUGGAGCGGGAAGGGAAGGGGGCGGGCGGGGCUUGA